GCGCGGGGCUUUCACUUGCAGAGUUGCAAGAAAUCGCGGAAAGGAACAGUGUGCAAAAGGAAAGAGCAGAGUAGGGAUUUGAUCCGAAUCCAUGGCCGGACAAUCGCGGCGAUGGAUGAUACUGUUGGCGACGGUGUGGAUCCAGGCUUUCACCGGCACCAACUUCGACUUCUCUUCCUACUCGUCGGAGCUGAAGGCGGCGAUGGGGAUAUCGCAGGUCCAGCUUAAUUAUCUAGCCGUGGCCUCCGACCUCGGAAAGGCCUUCGGAUGGUCGUCCGGCCUUGCACUCCUAUACCUUCCCCUUCCAGCCGUCCUUUUCCUGGCCGCUGCUCUCGGCUUCGUCGCCUAUGGCGUGCAGUGGCUUCUCAUCACCUCCCGGAUCGCUUUGCCCUACGCCCCGGUAUUUAUGUUGUGCUUGUUGGCGGGGUUGAGCAUAUGCUGGUUCAACACCGUCUGCUUCGUUCUCUGCAUCCGAAAUUUCUCCACCAACCGCUGCCUAGCCCUCUCCCUCACCGUUAGCUUUAACGGCGUCAGCGCCGCCCUUUACACCCUCGUCGCCAAAGCCAUCAACGGUUCUCCUUCUUCCUACCUCCUCCUCAACGCCGUCCUCCCCGUCCUUACCUCCCUCACCGCCCUCAUUCCUAUCCUCCGCCAGCCGCCCCUCUCCUCUUCUUCCCGCCGCCGUGACACCCACAUCUUCCUCCUCCUAAAUUCCAUCGCAUUUCUCACCGGCCUCUAUAUCCUCCUCCUCAACCCGGCCGCCCCCAACCCUGCCACCUCACGCCUCCUCCUGGCCGGCGCUCUCAUCCUCCUCGCCCUCCCACUCGCCAUUCCCGGCAUCGUCGUCGCCAGAGAAUGGGCUCUCCGCACCAUCUAUUCCAGCCAGUUGGAGGACUCAGAAGAGUACCACGACAUACUAAUUAAGGAACUGAUCCCUGGCGACGGGGAACUGGAAAACCAGUUCCUGGACAUCAACGAGCGAGGAUCUCUCUGCUGCUGCAAUGCGUUGAUGUCAAAGGAUCGGCUUGUUUUGCUCGGGGAGGAGCACGGUGCCAGGAGUCUCAUCCGCCGUCUCGAUUUCUAUAUCUAUUACAUCUCCUACUUAUGCGGCGGCACCCUCGGUCUGGUCUACAGCAACAACCUCGGCCAGAUCGCGCAGUCGCUGGGAUGGCAGUCACACACCUCCAUGCUCGUCAACGUCUACUCCUCCUGCUCCUUCUUCGGCCGCCUCAUCUCUGCCGCCCCCGACAUGCUUCUGGGCGGGCGGGUCAGUUUUGCGAGAACUGGUUGGCUCGCUGCGGCGCUGGUGCCGAUGCCGCUAGCGUUCUUCCUGCUGGCGGCGGAUGCGGAGGCGGAGAACGGACAUAUUCUAUUUGCGGGGACUGCUCUUGUGGGGCUGAGCUCAGGGUUCGUUUUUGCGGGGGCGGUGUCGGUGACAUCGGAGCUGUUCGGGCCGGCGAGCUUUGGAGUGAACCACAACAUCGUCAUCACCAACAUUCCAUUUGGUUCGCAGCUCUAUGGCCUACUCGCCGCUCUCGUCUAUGAUGCCAACGGAAGAGUACUGGGAAGCUGGCACAUGAGAGAGGCCGUGGCAGCUAUGGUGGUUUGUAUGGGCCGACGCUGCUACUCCAAGACCUUUUUUGCUUGGGGAGUCAUUUCGAUGAUCGGCCUAGCGUUUGCUGUCCUGCUCUAUUUGAGGACCAGGCCAGCCUACAAUCAUGCUGCCGGCUGCGUUACUCCCCGGCGACGGUUGCGUAGCGAUUGCGAAGAUUUCCGAUAGAUCGAUAUCUGCUGGGAUUUAGCAGUGACGACCAUACCUACGCGGCGCAGGUGUUUGAAGAAAUACCAGGAGUGUAUUUUAUAUAUAUAUAUAUAUAUAUAUAUAUGCAAUAUAGAAUGUAUUUUUUACAGCCGCAAUUAUUAAUAUUAAUUAUAACAGGGUUACUCAAUCACCGUAACUUAUGACUUUGAUGAUGCCCCCAGGCCCAGGCCCAGGCCCAGGCCCCAAACAGUUUGGUUGUAAAUAUAUUUCGCCAAAUUCUAAUACAAUCUAAAAUUUCAAGCA